CAGAAUACUAUAUUUGACAGUUUUCUAUCUUGCAUAGUGAACGAGAUUCAAGCAUUGGGUUCAUGGUCAAAAAUACCCAAUGAAAUAACUUAACGCCAUGGAUUUAGCAGUGCAUGAUCGCCCAACUUCCCUAACAUCCUUGAGGACGCUGGAUCACACCACGAUGCCCGGUGGUGCAGAAGCCACAAUUAUACAAGCUGAAGGGAGAAAAGGCCGCCGUAACCGCGUGCGCCGCAACAUUUCAGUUCCUCCGCCGCUGCCAGAAAGCAGGGCCGGUAAUCCACGAGGCCGGCGUAAAGACCCAAACAAGCCGGACAGCAGCACGAUUCGUGGCAACAACUUUCAAAAAAGACUGGAGGAGCGACGCGAAGCUCGUCGCAGGCAAAAAGAAGAGGAGGCGGCAAGGAAAGCAGCUGAAGCUGCGAACGAACCAACCGAAGAAUCUGUGGUGGAUUUGGAUGUUGAUCCCCUCAAAGGACGAGUUGGAUCUGCUGAGAGCACUGACGAGGGUAUACACAGCACCGUCGACAAUGACGAAGAAAGGGUUGAUCCUACUGCCGAUGAAGAUGAAGUGGCCGACGAAGAAAAAGACCCUGAAAAUGGAAAUGACCCAAUGGAUGAAAUUGACGAAGGCCGAGGAAGUAUCGGCGAAACCGAUGGCACUAUUGUGGAUGAUACUGACGAAAAUAAAAUAACAGAUGAUUUGGCUGCAGACUUGAAUGAUGAAGAUUCUCCUGAAGCUGCCGCUGAAGAAGAACUUGCCGAAGAAGGCGCUCCAGCUGACGAAGAAGGGGAAGCUGAAGUUGAAGCUGAGGAGGAAACAGAUGAAGCAGAUGUAGCGGUUGAAAAUGAAGCUGAAAUAGAAAUAACUGGAGAAGAAGGAGAUGACGAAACGGAAGCUGCUGUUGAAAAUGAAGAAGCUGGUGCUGAGAUUGACGGAGAAGAUGAGGCGGGAGCUGCACUUGAAAAUGAAGAAGCUGGUGCUGAGGCUGAAGGAGAAGAUGAGGCGGUAGCUGCCGUUGAAAACGAAGAAGCUGAUGCUGAGGUUGAUGGCGAAGCUCUAGAUGAUGGAGGAGUCGAAGCCGAAGCUGAAGCGAAAGAUGAUUCAACAGCUGAAGGCGAAGAACCUGAAGGAGAAAAUACCAUUGAAGAGGCGGGCUCAACAGAAGUUAAAGAAAACUCGGGCGACGCGAAACCGAAGUUGGGGCAGGGUGGCGUCCGUUCAUUUCUGAGGAAUCAAAAUACUGGUCAACGCAUAUCUAUAUUUCAACGCCAGGGUGUCGGACCAGUUUCACAGAGGAACGCUGCUCCACAAGCCAAGUCAUCGCUUGCAGGAGAAAGAAAAAGACGAGUCAAACAUCAGAGGAAAAAUGUUUCUGAUUCUGGGAAUGCUGGCAUAGACGUUGAUACGGCGCCAAAUAUUAACUUCGCCAGUACUGGAGGAAGUUCUGCAGACAAAUUUAAUUCAGUGACAAACAGAAAAUACGUUCAUCCUGUCGAAAAACGUGUGCAGGAUUUCCUUUCCGAAUCAAAAGACGAAUUACAUUUAAGGCGACCUAAAGCUCCACACAAGAGAGUUCAAUUGCCGGCUGAGGAGCCUACGCCGCUCGUCGAAGAACCCGAUAAAGAAGCAGACGAAGCUGGGACAGAGGUUUGGGUGCCAGACGAAGAUAAAGUCUACGUCUACAUGCACAGCUCAAAACCUCGAGUAUUACAAAUGAAAACUGGAGGAUCCCAGCGAGUAGCAACACUCAGUCAUUGGGACAACGAUCCAAAUUCGUCGUUUCGUCUUAAUUUAAGAAGGAGUCAUCGAGGCAGUCGUGAUUUGUCCGACCUGCCAAAAUGGAACCCCUACUUUGCCAACGCGCGGUCGCUUUCCCCGGACCAGUACCAAUCAUUCACGUACGACAUCCAACAAAACCCGGAGAUCCGGCGUGCCGAGUUCCGUGAGAAGCUGGAGGCCCGCGCGCGUCUGAAGCGCGAGAAGCACGGGCUCAGCAACCUCUACUCCAGCAACUCUUCGAUGCUGCAUCGCCUCAACCUGCGGCUCGACGGCUCCAACAACAGCCAAGGAGCGAGCCAGACCGAAGGGCGCUUGGGUCGGUCCAUGCCACGGGUCUACCGCCCGCCUCCUGGUGUGGACGCCCAGACCCAGGUCUACCAGGACGAGCUGGAGGCGGCGGGUGAGGCCGCCAUGGAAGAGGUGCUGCUGGGGACGCUCGUGGCCAGGACGCUGAGGGAGGCCGUGCUGGAGGUGGUGCUGGAGGAACAGGCUGAGGAGAGCAGGACUACUCGUAUCCUGCAGGAGGUCACCGUCUGGCCUGAGCGAGCAAAAGACGAUGAAACCCGGGAAGAGCCGGAAGGUAAAGAGCCUAGCGAGGUAGGAGCUGAGAGCGAGGCAUUUGCCGAGGGAGGAGAAGAAGCCACAACUGUUGAUGAGAAAGGUGAUGAAGAAGAAGAAGCUGCAGAAGAGGAGGCAGCUGAAGAGGAGGCCGCUGCAGAGGAAGAAGAAGCCACCGCUGACGGAGAAGAAGCUCCUGCUGAAAUAGAGCCAGGCGAAGAGGAAGCAGCAACUGUUGAGGACAAAGGUGGUUUUGAAGAUGAAGCUGCUGAAGAUGAGGCCGCUGAAGAGGAAGCCGCUGAAGAAGAGGCCGCUGAAGAGGAAGCCGCUGAAGAGGAAGCUGCUGAGGAGGAAGCUGCUGAGGAGGAAGCUGCUGAAGAAGAAGCCGCUGAAGAAGGAACCGCUGAAGAGGAAGCUACAGCUGAAGAGGAAGCUNCUGCACUCAAUUAA